AGAAUAUUAUUUGGGAGAGUUAUGGCGCAGUGCAUGGAAAGUGAAAGUAAAACCUGACAAUUUACGCCUGCAAGGUGGAGCUGGAGACGACCAUAUGGGCAUUGCGCAAUUAAUCAAUAUUCUCUCGUUUUGGAGUUCUGGGCCAAAGAAAGUGAGGCUUCAGGGAGUUUCCCAAAUUCGCGUUCGCCUAAAACGGGGGUUUUGCUCUGGGAGUUGCUACGCGCAGGUCAUCUAUUAAAGAUGACAUUGUUUCAAUGUCACUGACCAGACACGCACGCGUGGUUUCCCAGCCUUGUAAGUAAGUCGUUUGUGUGAACCAUGUGUGCUUUUGGUCGCUGCUGCUGAUGGUCAUUCUGAAGAUAACGGAGUGUUGAAGUUGCGAGUUUCUGUGGAGUUACUGCUGUGAUUGUGCAGGCUAACAAGGAGCGAGAAGAACCUUGUGGUGCUCUGGAACAGUGUGGGCUCUGAGUCGGAGGCCUCCAGCGUGUCUGAACAGGGGCAUAAAUUGGAGUAUGGUCCGGUCAACAGCCUGGCUCCUGGGAGCUCUAUUGGGUUUGAUAUGUGUACUACCACCUGUUUUGAUGACGCCCAGAACUGCCCAGUGCACGUCUUUGAAGACGUUGAAAAACAAACUCAUAGGCAGAAGACGUAACAUGAAACACAAUUUACCCAUUAAUUACACCAUCAGAGUUCACUAUGAGGAGGUCUUCAAACUCAGCAACAUCACCAGGCUGAGGGCGAGGGUGGAGGAUCUGGAAGACGGGGACCUGCAGGAUGUGUGGCUGUUGGUCAACCAGGAGGUGUUGAAGAGGAUUCUGAGGGUCUUGCCAGUGAGACACCCCUCCUACAAGUACACCACCGACCUGGAGGAUCUCUUCAGGAAGGUCCAGCAGGUGUUCCCACCACAGAGUGAUGAGAGAGAGCCACCAGAGCAAAUAGAGGAGAUCUACAAAAGGGUUAAGGAGAUUGACUCAAAAGGCUGGAGGUUCGUGACCCCCAAAUCUCUGUUGGAUAACUGCUAUCGGACAAUGCACUGUCUCUUCAAAGACUGCUUUCCCAGUGAAGACAGAGAGCAAGACUAUUGUGGCUUACCUCACUGGCGGAAGGGCAGAAAGAGACUACAGUAAACCUGAGAAGGGCGCUAUUGUUUUCAUAUGUAUAUUUAUAAUAUAUUGUCUACUGAUGUUUAUGUUCUGUGUUUUGAUUGUGGGUUCUAGAUGUGUUUAGACAGUUGUAUGGUAUAGGGCAGGUGGCUAUGCUCAAGCAGAGCACGAUAUAGCAUUUCUAUUUUUAUUAUUUUAUAUUUUUUUGCAAUCAGGGAACACUUAUAGGUGACAUAGGUAUUAGCAACUGUUGCCCAUAAAACUAAGAACACAAACAUAGCCAACUACUCUCAUCUCUGACUGUUUGUCUUUAUGAACAUUAUAGUAAAUGUGUUUGUUUAAAACUGUUAUUUCUAUGUUUUUUAUAAAAUGCUUUAAGGUGUUUUGCUGACUUGCAGGCAUAGUCAGUGAAUUCCAGCCACUCAUGUAUUUGGCAUUAUGCACAUCAAUGCUGAAAUAAAGCAAUUUGUGAAAAUCUA